AUGGGUACCUCCCGCAGAAUCCGCAUCGUCUGCGUUUCCGACACACACAACGAUGAUCCCACUUUAUACAUUCCCAAUGCAGAUAUAUUGCUGCAUGCAGGGGACUUGACUGACAAUGGGACUCCUGAAGAACUCGAAAAAGCUCUCAAUUGGAUCAGGAAACUUCCGCAGAAGCGAAAGAUUAUUAUCCCAGGAAAUCACGAUGUAGGCCUCGAUCCUCUUCAUAAAGGUUAUAGUCCAAAGAUGCAUUCCCUAUUUACUUCACCCGAAGUUCGAGCCGAUGGUGUCGUCUUUCUGGGUCAAUCGGACCCCACCUUCCUUCACGACGAUCUACUCUCUAUCUACGCCAAUCCAACUCAACCAGACUUCCUCAAGAGUAACUAUGCAUUCACUUACCACCCAUAUCCAUCUCCCGAAGCCACGGCUGCAUGGGCAUCUGCGCCCGACACCAGCCGCGGUCCUAUAGAAAUUUGGCUAUCCCACGGCGCACCAAAAGGACGGCUAGACCAGAUCCAUAUCGCAGGGCUGAUGGGAUGUGAGGCGCAGCGAAAAAAAGUGGCCAAGGCUCGACCCCUUGUCUGCGUCUUUGGGCAUUUCCAUUGCGCUUAUGGCGUGGAGAAAGUCGUGUGGAAAGCUUCAUCUGAUGAAGAGUCGGACGAUGUAUUGGAAAGCGUCACUCUGGCGGAUGAAAGUCCGGAUUGCGUCUACGAUUUUACGACGCUCAUACCUGGGAGGGAAACAGUCUUCAUCAAUGCGGCCUGGAUGACAAUGGAAAAAGGCAAGGUCGAGAAGAGGAACAAACCGAUUGUCAUUGAUCUGGAAUAUACUUUUACUGACGCAUAGUUUCCGGUCCAGCACUUUCGCAAAUACUUUGAAUUUUUUUAUAAGUCGAUGUAACGCUUUUUUUCAGCUGCUAUAUACUAUUGUGGACCCGGUCUUGCGAAGUCACCUAAUUUUUUGAAAUUGGCGCAUGUACUUCGAAUUACCUUCUGAAAUUUGGUAGACUUAUAUAUCAUAUUGAG